ACCGUCUCCACAGUCGAGGCGACCUCCGGGUUCUUCUUGGCGUUGGCCAGGUGCUUCUUGGAGGCCAAGUGGUUCUCGUGCGCGUUGGCGGUCGUGAACGUCUUGUUGCAGGCCACGCACUUGAGCACCGUCUUGACGCCCGACUUCUUGAUCUGCUCCCUCUUGGCGCGCUGCUUCUGCUUGGGGUCGCUGGCGGCCUGCGCCUCCUUCUCCUCGCGCACCUUGCGCAUGCGGAACUCGAACUGCUCCUCCGACACGGGCGGCAGCUCCACCACCUUGCGCUUGAGGUUGUAGCGGUGCCAGUCCUUGCGGAAGUGGUCCUUCUGCUCCGCCGGCGAGGCGAACUCCAGGCGGCAGGCCGUGCACGUCAACAUGGCUGCAGCGAGCGGUAGUCUGUCUUAACGUACUUGGCGUCUCCUGUUCCGUCCGCAGUUGCCUUUGGGGAUCAGAGGAGCUCUUGGCGAUGAUAACCAAUCGGUUGGCCGCCACUACUGUCCGGGAAUUCCUGUCCCGUUCCGAAAUGAAUUAGUCGUCCACCACACCAAAUGUACACAAAGUGCUGUAUCCGUUUGCGCGACGCGAGCCAUUUCUUUGGCCCAAAGGUAUCCGCACCAACGAACACGCCAUUCCUCGUUCGAGCGCCAAGCACCGCACAUCACCCACACCGAGAGCUGACGACGAUGCUUCCGUUGCUGCUGCGGACGGCUCGGCGCCAGGUUGGCGCCGCCUCCACCGCCCAGAGCUUCGCCAUCCGCGCCUUCUCCACGCCCGCGCGCAACCCCGCGCACGCCUCCUGGACCGACGACGACAAGGCCUACUUCCAGCAGCUGCUCAAGCCCGAGAGCGUGCUCACGGACGCCGACGACACCGAGCCGUACACCGUGGACUGGCUCAAGAAGUACAAGGCGCAGAGCAGCCACCAGAUGGUGCUCAAGCCCAAGACCACCGAGCAGGUCUCCGCCAUCCUCAAGUACUGCAACGAGCGCAGCCUGCCGGUCGUGCCGCAGGGAGGCAACACGGGCCUCGUGGGCGGCAGCGUGCCCGUGUACGACGAGAUCGUUUUGUCCACGAGCAGCAUGAACAGCGUCGUCUCGUUCGACGAGGUGUCCGGCAUCUUGGUGUGCGAGGCCGGCUGCAUCCUGGAGAACCUGGACAACUACGUGGCCAAGCACGGCUACAUGAUGCCGCUGGACCUGGGCGCCAAGGGCACGUGCCAGAUCGGCGGCAACGUGGCGACGAAUGCGGGUGGCCUUCGGUUGCUGAGGUAUGGAUCGCUGCACGGCACAGUGCUGGGCAUUGAGGCCGUUCUUGCGGACGGCACGGUGAUCGACUGCCUUAGUACGAUGCGGAAGGACAAUACGGGUUACGACCUGAAGCAGUUGUUCAUCGGAUCGGAGGGUACACUGGGCAUGAUCACCAAGGUGUCGAUUUUGACACCUCCUCGUUCUUCGUCGAAGAAUGUCGCUCUGUUGGCGUGCGAGGACUUCGAGGCUUGUCAGAAGGCUUUCGUGGAGGCAAAGAAGAACCUUGGUGAAGUGCUGUCAGCUGUCGAGUUCAUGGACCGUCAGUCUCUGGACAUGGUACUCUCCCAGCAGGACUGGACCAAGGAUCCGCUCGAGACCCCGAGCCCGUUCUACGUGCUGAUCGAGACGUCGGGUAGCAACACUGACCAUGACAUGGAGAAGCUGGAGUCCUACCUGGAGGAUGUAAUGGGAUCUGGUAUUGUGGUCGAUGGCACGGUGGCUCAGGACGAGGCGCAAGCGCAGAAGCUGUUCCUGCUGCGUGAGGAUAUCUCGAUGUCGCUGAGCUCCCGCGGUUACGUGUACAAAUACGACAUCUCGCUGCCCAUGGACCAGUACUACAAGGCCGUGGAAGAGGUACGUGAGAAGAUGGCCCCUCUCGGCGCUGAGGUUGUCGGCUUCGGCCACAUGGGCGACUGCAACCUCCACCUGAACAUUUCCACGCUGGAGUACGAUGAGAAGGUCUUCAACGCUCUGGAGCCGUUCGUCUUCGAGUGGACUUCCAAGUACCGCGGAAGCAUCAGCUCGGAGCACGGCAUCGGCACGCACAAGCCGUCGUACCUGCACCUGUCCAAGUCAGACAACUCGAUCCAGCUCAUGAGGCAAAUGAAGCAGAUGAUGGACCCCAAGGGAAUCCUGAACCCGUACAAGGUUCUGCCUACCAGCGAGUAAAUCAGCAUCUCGAAGGGUAGGCCUGAACCACAGAGAGAGAGCGAACUGCGUUUGGUUCAGUGAGCCAAAGGCGCAGUAUCAUCAGCAAAGUCAAGGGUUAUAGCUGUUCGUAACGCGAUAAACAAUGCCGUUGCUGAGUCACCACCUGCAGUUUCUCCAGGUUCUGGCAUAGCAAUACAGUACACAGUGUACGUGGCUGGUCUAGUUCGUCGCUGUUGUCGGCUGCCGCACAAGAGCCUUAACUUCAAUUUGCGUAACGUUUUAUGCAUUGACGAUUGAGCAUUUUCGCCAGUCAGAGUGCCCGGUACUGUACGUCAGUCGCGCUUAUCCUCCUUGCCCGGCACUCCCCCCAGCUCACGAUGAUCCUCCCGUUGCUGCUGCGGACGGCUCGGCGCCAGGUUGGCGCC